AUUCACCCUCACCUCCUGCUUCUCUCUUCCGUUUGAUUUCAUUUCUUCGUAUUUUAGAAAACUCGAGGAGGAAGAAGAUCUUUACGACAAUGGGAAGCUAAAGUUAGGUGUUUGAGGCAAUUCUGAUGGAAACUGUUGAAGAAUAUAGAUUUUAGGGCUGCUGUUUCUCUUACAUAAUAAAUCUUUGUUGGAGAUUGAUUUGAUCUGUGCUUAUGUUGCUGUGGAUAGUCUUCAUUGUUUGAACUUUGAACCGAGGAUCCCAAAGUUUGAAGCUUUCUACGUACUUUAGGUUUCCAUUGUGAAAGAUUUUGGAUAUUCUGCUAGAUUAGUUUGUUGCUGUUAACUGUGUUUUUCCAAAUGGAUGAUUCGAAGAAUCGGCUUAAUGAUCCUCUUGGUGUGAGCAAGACCGGCAAGAAUAUAAAGAAGAGCCCGUUGCAUCAACCUAACUUUGCCCAUAAUGGUGCUAGGCUGCAGCCUCAGCCUCAGCCUCAGCCUCAGGUUUACAACAUAAGCAAGAACGAUUUCCGGAGCUUCGUUCAGCAGCUAACUGGUUCACCGUCACGCAAUGAUCCCUUGCCAAGACCCCCUCAGAAUCCUCCCAAACCCCAAAGUAUGAGGUUGCAGAAGAUUAGGCCUCCACCAUUGACACCGAUGAAUCUGCCCCAUGUUCCAGUUCAAGUACCUGCCCCUGUCCCGGCUCAUGCACCAUCACCCGGAAUGUUGCAACCUAUGGUACCCGUAGAUGCUGUUUGGACAAACACAGCUGAAUCUCCAAUCUCAGCUUAUAUGCGAUACCUUCAAACUUCUCUUAUAGAUCCGAGUCCACUCGGAAAACAAGGUCAACCUAAUGCUCUGUCACCAUCAUCGGGUGGCGUAAAUGGUUCGGUACCACCAUUAAGGCCUAAUCUCUCAUCACCAAGGAUGAAUGGACCUGCCCUUUUACCCUCACCAACAUCUCAGUUCCUUCUGCCAUCACCUACUGGUUAUAUGAACUUGCUGUCUUCCCGAUCGCCUAACCCUUUGCUGUCUCCCGGGAUUCAAUUUCCUCCGAUGACUCCCAAUUUCGGUUUCUCACCCAUGGUUCAGUCAGGGAUUUUAGGUCCAGGGCCUCAACCUCCGGCUUCCCCUGGUCUCGCGUUUCCAUUGUCACCUAGUUUCUUUUCCUUCCCAAGUCCUACAUGGAGGGGUUAACGAACCUUGCAGAAUUAGGAUCUUCUUCAUGAGGAUCAUCCCCUCUCAUGGAGAUUCAAUUGUGAAAAUAUAUUGUACACUGCUGGUGUAAGGAGAUGUCACUUUAAAGUAGGUAGGUAGGAAGGAUCCCAGGCAUAGACAAUCUUGUUGAAAUAUUUCUUGUUUACUUUAAUUUUAGUUAAACUCUUGUUUAAUUGAGUGUCGUUUAGCUAAUAAAUUAUUCAAGCAUUCU